CGGCAUGUUGGAAAAGCAAGCGUCCUGUUUUUUUUACGACAGUUCAAGGCGAAAGUUGGCUCGAAUGGCUGCGCUGGUGAGAAUUGCAUCGUGUGCACGCCGGACCGCUGUCUUUACACGUGUGACUGCUGGUUUCACCCUCAGCACUAAGCUCCAUCCAUCAGAUUUACCUCUUCACUCAUUUAUUCAUCGACAAACACCCGGACGUUCAUUCUCUAACCUCCUGCUGAAAAACCCAGCGAAAAUGUCAGCUACAUUAUUCACAUCAUCAUCAGCUGAAUCUAUGAGCCAGAGGAUGGUGUGGGUGGAUUUGGAGAUGACAGGACUGAAUAUAGAGAAGGACGAGAUUAUCGAAAUGGCGUGCAUCAUCACCGACUCAGAUCUCAACAUCAUUGCUGAGGGUCCAAAUCUGAUCAUCAACCAGCCUGACGAGCUGCUUGACAGCAUGUCUGAUUGGUGCAAGGAGCAUCAUGGGCAGUCAGGGUUGACACAGGCGGUGCGGGACAGCAAGAUCUCACUUCAGCAGGCCGAGUACGAGUUCUUGUCCUUCAUCAGACAACACACACCUCCGGGCCAGUGUCCUCUCGCAGGAAACUCCGUACAUGCUGAUAAGAAGUUUCUGGACAAGUUCAUGCCCCAGUUCAUGCGUCAUCUCCAUUAUCGCAUCAUCGACGUGAGCACAGUCAAGGAGCUUUGCAGACGCUGGUUUCCGGACGAUUCUAAAAGAGCGCCUCAGAAGAAAGCUCAACACAGAGCGCUGGACGACAUUCAAGAGAGCAUCAAAGAGCUCAAAUAUUACAGAGCAAACAUCUUCAAAACCGAGGGAGAGGAGAAGAAGAGGAAGAUUGUUGAAAACGGGGAGAGCAAAAACACGGCCUAGAAACACACUUACGCUCUUAAAUUUGCACAGAACGUGUCCCUGAGCGCGUGUGCGGGAGAGACAAAAUUUCCAUGUUCCUUAUUUUAUCACCGGGUUCCACGUGUUCUUUUACUUCUCAUCUUGUUGCUAUUGCAGCUCGCAUGAUUCAUUCUAAAAAUGUUAUGAAUGUUUUCAUCUUUCUAUUAUGUUGCCGUUUACUGAACCACAAAUACAAAAUGUGAACACUGA